AUGGGCCUCUUCUGGUCUGAGUUCGUGGCCAGGAGGUGCCUCCUAGAUCCACAGACAAGUAGAUGCACUAGAAUCGAAUGGGCUGAAAUCAACCACACAAAUUGCAAUUCACCAGCCGCCGGUCGUACUCACGAAGGUCAUGCUAAGCCGAGAGAAAUAGUCAGGUUGUGGAAGGUCGACGCGGCUGGAUCAGGCGGAAUUAUGCAGAUGAAAGAACACACCUCUCUUUUUAGCCCAAACUGGCGGAUGAUGGGCCCUACAGCAUUACACGAGAGCCUGAAAGUAUGUCCUCAUCGUCUCAUGCCCGAGCUUCCAACAGCACGCCAACAAACCCGUCUUAGUGUUUGCUCUCAACUCGAAACUCCUGUCAGGUGUAUAGAUUUUAUGGCCAUGUGCGAUGAAUUUGUCUCACAUUCUGCUAGUUUUCUUAUCUACUCUCGCCUGUGUGUGUGUGCUCUUAUGCCUGAGUAUUCUAAGCUGCAGUCCGACUUGAAGAUAGCUGGAAGUGGCAUUCUGCCCAAGGAACUCUUUGACCUGUCUAACAUGGCAUUGGGGAUGAAAGGCUGCUGCCCCACCUAUGAGGGUAAGGGACAGAAUGCCUGUCUUGGCUCAUAUGAGUGUGGGCUAUAUGUGAAAUAUGGGGGGGGGAAACAACUGGCAAGAGAAUUAGUGUGA